AUGGACGACAAUAAUAAUCGGCUGAAGAAUGCCGCUGAAGAAGGAGAUACCGAGAAGCUAUGUGCAGUAAUCCGCAAUAAUCCACGCAUUUUAGAUCUGAUAGAUGAGAUACCGUUCGUGGAUACUCCUCUGCAUAUAGCUGCAUCAUCCAGUGACCACGAGAGGACUGAGUCAUCCCAUGAGAAGUCCGACGACUCAUCGCAUGGGAGGGCCAAGUUCUCUAUUGAAGUGGCCAUCCUAAAGCCAUCAUUUGCUAGGAAGCUGAAUCCUGACGGCAAGGGCGGGAGGACUCCUCUGCAUGUUGCUUCUGAAAUCGCUCCUCCACAGCUGUUGGCCGAGCUCCUGUAUGUUUGCCCAUCAUCGAUCGAAGACGUGACUGCCGAAUGGCAGACAGCCGUGCACGUUGCGGUGGAAGCAAAAAAGUCUGAGUCAUUUGCAGUUCUUACUGGAUGGCUCCUUGGCGUUGACAGGAAAAACAUACUACAAUGGAAGGAUACAGAUGGCAACACCGUGUUGCAUGUUGCAACGCUGACGAAUCAGAUCGAGGUGGUGAAGAGGCUCUUAAAGUAUAUGGCCGAUGAUGCGGAGAACUUGAAGGGGGAGACGGCACUCGCCAUCCACGAUAAGGACAAAGGGCCUCACCUUAGUGAGGAAAUUGGCAGGGCUAUACGUGCUGCUGCUAUGAAGAGAAAACAUCCACUUUUCCAUCCAAAGUACUUGUUAUUGCGGGUGGUGACUCCAACAUGCAGUGUUAGACUUGGGAAGUACCUUAGCGGUGAUAUCCCGGGAAGAGCCAAGUGCAAUUCUCUAGUGUUAGGAGCAGCAAGUGAGAAAUCCCGGGAAGUAUUCAUAGUGAUCGCUAUAUUGGUAGCCACAACUACAUAUCAAGGUAUUCUAAGUCCACCGAGAGGAUUCUGGCAAGAAGGCUCGAGCAAUAGUAAUAUUACGAUGACCCAUAUUACUAGUACUAGUACAGCAUAUUCUGCAGGACAAAUGGUCAUGAAUGGCACAUCGCUCUCCCCUUAUAUCUCAGGAAACAGCAUGGCCUUCGUGCUUUCUGUAUGCCUGAUCAUUGCUUGCAUGCCUGCAGAUCUCCUAAUCGGGUCGUAUGGAAAUGCAUUAGCUAGCAUUCUUCCCCCACGUUAUAGUUUUCUAAGUGCUACAGUGAGAAUUCGGAUAGCCGUGGCUAGUUUCUUGGCAUUUGGCAUCCUCUUCACCCGUUUAGGGUUGCAAGCAUAUUCAGCUUAUCAUCUUAGGCUGGAUUUGACCGAAACAGAACGCCGGUGGGAGCUUGUGGGUUUUGAUGAGGAUGUUGAUAGACAGAGCAAUGUCCAACAUGCCCACCAAUAG